AUGUGCACAUGUGUCUUUGCACAAACCGCCACACCCGAGCUCUCGCAGCGGCUUUUCGGCACGUCCACGCAUAUCUCGCCUGGCACAGGGACAACAACAACAACCACAGCUACAGCAACAACAGCAGAGUCGCCAAACGGACGCGAAUCCAGUGGCGAUAAUGGCGCUGCCGCCUCGCUGCAUCUGCCCACCAUAUUGGGCCUGAAGAUACGCGCGAUAAAUGCGAGCAAUCAGCCGGCGGGAGGGCAGCACAACAACAACUCGCUGCUCAAGCAGCAGCUGCGCGGCGGGGCCAAGGAUCCCGAAAUGGUGCCGCUGGCGGUGCCAACGCCGUUGCCGUUGUCGGCGGAUGAUGCCAUGGAGAUGCAGCAGCAGCAGGAGAGCAGCUGCAGCGCGCUGCAGUCGCUGGCCAAUGCGGCGGAGCGGCAGGCGCAGCAGACGCCCAGCAGCAACAACAACAACAGCAGCAACAACAACGACAAUCACAAUGCCAGCCUGCAGCAACAGCUACUGCUGCAUAUGGCAGCCACAGGGAAUCCGCUGCUGAAGGCGGACUAUUGCCAGGCACAACAGCAGCAGGCGCCACCGCCACCGCCUCAUGCCUCGCCGCCCGCCGAAGCACACUAUGUGGAUGAGGAGCUGGAUCUGCUGUGCGUGGUCGAUAACAAUCCGGACAAAUGCGAUGAAACCGAUCAUGAGCUGCUCACGCUGGCGGAUGAAAAUGCCGGACUGCCGGGCUUUGAGGAGCCGCCGCUGAGCAACAAUGAAACCUCCGCUGCAGCGAGGUCUGCCACAGCGCCUGCCACGCCCAAACGCCCCAUACAGCGACGACGUGUGCGACGCAAAGCGCAGUCCACGCUGGAUGACCAGGCGGAGCAUCUGACCGAGAUGUCGGUGCGCGGACUGGAUCUGUUUCGAUAUGCGAGCGUUGUCGAGGGCGUCUAUCGGUGCACCGAAUGCGCCAAGGAGAACAUGCAGAAGACCUUCAAGAACAAGUACAGCUUCCAGCGGCACGCGUUUCUCUAUCACGAGGGCAAGCAUCGCAAGGUGUUUCCUUGUCCGGUGUGCUGCAAGGAAUUCUCGCGGCCGGACAAAAUGAAGAAUCAUCUGAAGAUGACGCACGAGAAUUUUACGUCGCCCAAGGACAUCGGCGCCUUCAGCCCGCUCAAGUAUUUGAUCUCCGCGGCGGCAGCGGGCGAUAUGCACACAAAUCUCUAUCAGCAGCAGCAGCAGCAGCAGGAGCACUUACAACAGCAACUGGAGCAGCAGCAGCAACUGGAGCAACAGGAGCAGAUGCAGCGCCAGCUGGAGGAGCACCACCAGCAUCAGCAGCAGCAGCAGUCGCCCUAUGACUGUCAGGACAACGCUCUGCUGCUGCCAGAUGUGGUCAAGCUGGAGCAGGAGCAAGAGCAGGACCAGGAUAUGGAGCUAGCGCCAGCCACGCCCACAGCUGCUGCGGCGGCCAUGCUCAGCUUGCAGCAUGACGUCAUCAUCAAAAACGAGAUACAAAUCUCGCCAUCGCCAUCCCCCUCACCGCCGGCCAUGUACUCGGUGUCGGAGGGCAAGAGCCUGCCGCCAGCGCAAACCGCAACGUAAAGACUUAAGCCUAGGAUCAGCUGAGAGAGACACAGUGUGAGUGAGGAAGAAAGAAAGAGAGAGAGAGAGAGAGAGAGAGCGUGCCUUAAACAAAACAAACAACUGUAAAAUACUAAUAUACUUAAUGCUAAGCAAUUGUCAGAGCCAUGGGCGUAGGCAUAGUGUGUUUAAAAGGGGUGAGAAAUGUGAGGCAAAUGACUGCACACAAAAAAAAACAGUUUUAAAAACAAAGAACUCCUUAUAUACAAAACACAUUUAAUGAAAAAAUUAGAUAUUAUAUAAUAAAUAUAUUAACGCUCAACCCCUCUGAAACGAAAUUCUGCUUACGCCCUUGGCCAGAACUGGAAACACUCAAAACGCAUAAUAGUUAAUACUAAUCCUUAAGGCCCUUUAGUGCACAUCAUCUAGCAAAAUUCAUUACUUAAGCUAUAUAUUUACAGUUAGAGCAAUAAGUUCAACAAGAUUCCGUCCAUAAAGCCUUACGUUUAGUUCUAUAGAUAUUAUGUACUUAUAAAUAUUUAGUGUUAAGUCAAAUGCAACUGAUUAACUAGUAGGAAAUUUCUUUAUCCCACUGCCUUAAUGGUCAUAACUUUUGGAUUUAACUCAUAUUUAAAUUAAUAAUUGACAUUUUUCUGUGACUCGUUGCAAUUAGGUACUCGUCGAAUGGCAGCAACGAGUAAAGUGUGCUCGUUACUUUGCCAUUCGUUCAUGCAACAGACAUGUGCUUUUGAAACUAACGAGUAGGCGCCGUCCAACUAAAUUUACCCGCUACUUUCUACUCGUUACUUUAUUUUUUGUUUGUUUAUUUCUUAUGUGAUUUUGUUAAACUGUAUUUUGUUUUUAGUCUAUCGUUUUGUUGUAUAUAGUAUUACGUUCAAUACUCAAAGACCGUAGAAUAAUUGGUGUGUUUCAUUGGUAAAACAAGAAACCGGAAACCCAAUGAAUUGGCUAUUUGUGCAAUUAUCAAAAAAAAAAAAAAAAAUGAAAAAAAGUGAAACAUGUAUAACUACGUGGCGUCUGGCAAGCCCAACCCAUGGAAAUUAUGUAAACUUAAUUAACGACUACUUAAUUAUGCUCUAGCAGACUUUUUCUAGAUUUAUAAACAUACUUUAUAUAUAUAGCAUAUUUAGUCUAGUUAUUUUAACGAUAUAAUUAGUAAAGCAUUGUCGAAAUGCGCAAGGGACUUCCAGUGAAUAUUAACUGAUAUUUUUUACUUAAGCUCAACAAUGGAUACUACCAACUAGCUAUAUUACCCAAUAAUUGCCUAGUGUCCUACAUAUAUCCACCACAUAACGUACGCACAAAAAAAAACAGUACUCAGCAUUUGUAUUAUGUAUUUUUCUGAUUUAAAUGUAUUUACUUAAAGCAAUCAUUACGACUUAAGCUGUCAAUGCGCUCAAUAAAUAGAUUUUAUACAACGUACUCUCAUAUAUCCUCUUGAAUGCAGUCCAACUCCAUUUAGUAUCUGGAUAUCUGGGCUGGAUCUAGAUAAUUUACCACUUAUCAAGUAAGACUUCUACUUAACAUAUUAAUCAAAUUCUAAAAUAAA